AUCGUGAAUGUGGCGUGUGUUGUUUGGAAUAUCGUGAGUCGUAAAUAAAAAUGCAUUAAAUGAAAUGUUACAUCUAAUUAAAAGUGUGCUUAGUGUGUGUUAAAACAAUAAUCAAUCUAAAGUCCUACUGUGAAUUGCGAGAACUGGAGUUAAAAAGUGGUUUUCUUUUGGUAUUUUGUCAUAUGUUGCACGCCUGCCUUGGGGUCUUGAUGAGGACAAAAAAAUAAUCAGUAAUUCCGAUGCUAAAUUGAUAAUGCAAAAUAGACUCGACCAGUCUUCCGGCACGUUAUUGCGCUUUCUCGUGACAAUGCGGUGCCUUAUGUAUGAAUAUAUUUUCUAAAGUAGUUCUUUUAGACUAAAAUUCCUCAGAAUGGUUGUUAGAGCUGGAAAAGCAUAAUAUCAACAUGAGUCAUAAUCUGGCAGGUAUGCCCUCAUAUAGGCUACCAGGGCCAGGUUUAGGCCCACCAGACUUUAAACCACCAAUGGAUACUCCCACACCCCCGGCACCAGCACCGAGUAAUCCUAAAAAACGCAGAAAAACCUCAAAUGCAAAUAAUGCCUUAACACCGCCUCAACCUCCGCCUACAGCACAAGACUUACUGCCACCACCAUUAACGGGCUAUGGAGAUACAAUUGUGGCCUCAAAUCCUUUUGAUGACUCACCAUCUACUAUUUCGCACAAUGGUCCCAUGAUGAGUCAGAAUGGUCCAAUGAUGAGUCAAAAUGGUCCAAUGGGAAUGAUGGGCCCAAUGGGACACAGUAUGGGUGGGCCACCAAUGAGGCAUAUGAGCCCUUUACCUCAUGCUAUGAGCCCUAUGAACCAACAGAUGCCACCAAGAGGUGGAAUAAGUCCUAUGGGCAAUAUGAGUCCAAUGGGUCAUAUGGGUGGUAUGUCCCCUAUGGGUGGGCCUAAUAUGGGAAUGAGCAAUCAUAAUAUGGGUCCAGGUAUGGGACCAACAUCAAGAUCAAUGGGUAGUCCGAUGAGUCCUAUGAAUUCAAUGCCCAUGGGUUCACCAAUGUCAUCUGGACCAAUGGGUAGUCCCAUGAAUAUGGGCUCCAUGGCUGGAAGCCAUAUGAGUAAUAGUCCAAUGGGGCCACCAAUGCAUAGCCCUCUUGGUGGAGGAUCAAUGAAUGGGCCUAUUAAUGGACCUAUGGGAGGUGGUGGACCUGGUAUGAAUGUUCCUCGUAUGAACGGGCCAAUGGGUCCCAGUUGUUCAAAUGGAUCUAUGGGUCCCAAUAGUUCAAUAAUGUCACCCAGUCCAAUGCAAAGUGGAGGUAUGGGCCCUGGUCAUUGUGGUCCUAUGAGACAUGGAAGUCCAAUGGGUUCAGGUAUGGGAAGUGGUCCUAUGGGAGGAAAUGGACCAAUGACAUCAAUGGGUCCAGGGCCUCCAUAUUCUGGUAAUCAUAUGGGUCACGGAGGGCCAAUGGGAAUGGGAGGAAGUGGAUCAAUGGGCAUGGGCCCAGGGCCAGGCAAUAUGGGAAGUUGUGGGCCUCUGGCAGGUAUGAGUGGAAUGGCCAUGGGUGGUCCAGGUGGACAAGGAGUUGGGCCUAUGAGUCAAAGUAUGGGGAUGUUUGGACCUAAGCCAAUGCCUGUGAGUGCAGGAAAAGUAUACCCGCCUGAUCAACCUAUGGUGUUCAAUCCUCAAAAUCCGAAUGCUCCUCCAAUAUAUCCUUGUGGAGUAUGUCACAAGGAAGUUCACGAUAAUGAUCAAGCUAUAUUAUGCGAGUCUGGAUGUAACUUUUGGUUCCACAGAGGGUGCACAGGUCUAACGGAGCCAGCCUUUCAAUUGUUAACAGCAGAAGUAUAUGCAGAGUGGGUUUGCGACAAGUGCCUACAUUCUAAAAAUAUACCCCUCGUAAAGUUUAAGCCAUAGCGUAGUGCUACACUCCUCUCGCCUCAUAUAUGAGCCACAGCUCAAAUACACAUCACAAGUAUUUAUUUCACGUCAUCAUAUAAUUAUGGACUAGUAAUUUAUUGGAUUGUUUCGGUUAGAAUCACUAUGAAGGAUCUCAUGGGUAGAGUUUUAGAAUUGUGUUAUUGAAUGGAUUACUUCAAAUACAAACUUAAAUUUGAAUUGCAAUUGAUGCAAAAGAUUAAAAUUGCAGAUAAAUGACUAACCUGUUUUAUUUAAUAUUGUGUUUGUAAUUGUAUCUGUAAGGUAUAGAUUAAUUUAUUUUGAUCUAUGUUUUAGUAAAACAAUACACAUACUUAUCUGUCUUAAAAAAUGAUUUGAUUUUUAAAAUGUGUAAAUUAUUAAAAAAUUUCUUAUAAAAUUAAGCAUGUUCAUGCUUACGCAUAACUGUUGAAGCAAUGUAAUGUGAUUUCUUAUAAGAAAAUUAUACCAGAAUACUAAUAAAUAACGUAUCACACGUAGCAUUUUAUCGACAUAAAAAUAUGCCUAUAUAAAAAUAAAAAAUAUAUAUAUAUAAAUAAUAAAGAUGUGAGCUAGGUGUGAUAUGUUGUUCAAUUGUAUUAAGCAAUAUAAAUUUUAGCGGCUCGUCGUGUGUGUCGCUUUAUUCUUUGUGCAUAUUGUAAAUAGAAUAAACUUAAGUCUAAACUUCCGCCUUAUAAUAAUUGUGAAAUAAAAAAUAUCAUUAUAUGCAAAAGAAAAUAAAAAAACGA